UUUAGAUUCAGCGACCUUCCGACUGAGCUUGCCCUCCUCAUCCUCAAGUAUGCCGCACAACCAACUUUUGCUCCACAUGCCCCUUACACUAUCAAAAACCCAUACUCAUCCACCCUUUCACUAUCCCGCGUCUCCAAAAUCGUCAGGCGCACUGUGAUGCCCGAAAUUCUGCACAUGGUAUUACUGGCAGAACCUCGCCAGGUAACAGCUUUCAUAUGUGCUCUGCGUAUGCAGCAAACAUAUGUCGAUCAACAACAGCAUGAUCUAUCUCUUAAUUACGCAGCUUGCGUGCAU